AUGGCGAGCCCGCCGGCGGACUUUCACGUUGACCAUGUCGGGCUACCGCGAAGAAGGGCCAGCGACACUGUGGCGACUAGUCCGUUACAGUUCCAAUUAGCCCACCAUUAUCACGUCAAACGUGUGCGUUCUUCAUUUUCAGGCAGUCUAUGCGAAUCAACGAGUCGGGAGGUGUUUUCCAAAAUCAACCGAUAUUUGACAACAUGCACUGGUGCGGGUUUCGCUUUCAUACUCACCGCAGAACAGGAGGAUUUGGCGUGCCGGAUGGUGAACGAUGGCCCUGUCGAGGGCGCGCAGGAGGAAGUCUUCACAAUGGCCCACGGAGCACAACUCGUAGCGCUUCUCCAGCAGCAGAACUCUCUCCAACUGCACGAAAUCCCUCAGGUGAUAUCAGAGGAAUUUUGUCAGCUGAUCGGAACUUCACUGAUGAACACCCUGCUAGUUCCGGUAUACCAUCCGACGAACUCUGAUAGACUCACACUGGUAGCAUGCGUAGCCAACAAGAGCUCGUCGCAGUUCGACGAACAGGAUCGAGUCAGGGUCUCCGACUGCAUGAAGGCUGUAUCACCGAUGAUCCUCCGAACCAUGGCCUACGAGGAAGAGAAACGGCUCCGGGAGGAAUGCAAGAGUCUCUUGACGGUUGCAAAAAAUCUCUUCACCCAUCUCGAUGACGUCACAUUGCUCCUCCGCGAAAUCAUGACCGAUGCUCGCGAUCUCACGCGAGCCGAGAGAUGCUCCCUGUUUCUGCUUGAUAAAGAACAGAAGGAGUUAGUGGCCAAGGUAUUCGACGGUGAUCUCGCUGAAGACGGUCAGGAAACCUGCCACGAGGUUCGAAUUCCGGUCGACCAAGGAAUAGCGGGCCAUGUCGCCACCACCGGUGAAAUUCUCAACAUACGAGACGCUUACAACCACCCGCUCUUCUACCGGGGCAUGGACGAAGUCACCGGUUUCAAAACUAGAAAUAUACUCUGCUUCCCCAUAAAAGAUGACCAGGAAGUCAUUGGAGUGGCCGAGUUGUGUAACAAGGUGAACGGGAAAUGUUUUUCGUUCUUCGACGAGGAAAUGGCAAAGGCGUUUUCGAUUUACUGCGGUAUCUCCAUCAUGCAUUCGUUAAUGUGGAAAAAGGUGCGCGAUGCACAGCAUCGUUCUCGGUUAUCAAAUGAACUGAUGAUGUACCAUAUUCUGGUGCCCGACGAAGAGGUCCAUCAACUAGUGACCUUAAUCGGCAAUGAUCUCGUCCCGAAACCUCACGAGCGUUUCCACCCGUCGUUCGAAACUUUCCGCGGGGUCCCUCGGGGGAUACCUGACAGAGAUACUCCACUGGCUGUGGUGACGAUGUUCGAAGAUCUCGGUUUCAUUCAUCGGUGGCGGAUUUCGAGAACAACCUUGGCGCGAUUCACUCUUAUGGUUCGAAAGGGAUACAGAGAUCCACCUUAUCACAACUGGACACACGCGUUCGCCGUAGCCCACUAUAGUUAUCUCCUGAUAAAGAAUUUGCAUCUCGACCGAGAAGGUUACCUCACGGAUAACGAGGCGCUGUCACUGUUCGUGGCCUGUCUGUGUCAUGAUUUGGAUCAUAGGGGCACAACAAACACUUUCCAAGUGAAUUCGAAAAGCAUCCUGGCCUCGCUCUACUCAUCUGAAGGCUCCGUGAUGGAGAGGCACCACAUCGCUCAAGCCAUGGCCAUUCUCAAUACCGAAGGAUGCAACAUCUUCGAAAAUCUUGAAUGCCACGAAUAUUCGAAGAUUCUCGAGAACAUCGGUCACAUCAUCCUCGCGACAGAUUUGAGUCACCAUUUUAAAAUCCUGCCAUCUCUUGGCCGAAUGGUGAAAUCGUUCAACAAGAAGGAUCCGGCUCAUCAUUCGCUUCUAAUGUGUCUCCUAGUAACGUCGUGCGACCUUUCUGAUCAAACGAAAGAUUGGAGAGCGACGAAGCAAGUGGCCGAGUUAAUCUACAAGGAAUUCUUCUCACAGGGUGAUCUGGAGAAAGCGAUGGGUAUCAAUCCGGACAAGAUGAUGGAUCGUGAGAAGGCAUUCAUUCCUGAGCUCCAGGUCCAGUUCAUCGAAGGCGUCGUGCGACCGGUUUUCGUCCUGCUCGCCGAACUUUUCCCCGGGUCCGAAGGUACUCAGCAGAGCCUACAGGCUGUCACGGAUAUUCUUCUGUUCUGGCAGAAAUUCCGGGAGAUUUACCUCACAAAGUACGGAACGCAUCACGGAUGCUCGUUGAGUAUCUUCCAAGAUCAGCAGCUCGAGAAGGAAGUUGUGACCAGUUUGCAGCUUCAAAACACCAGGAAACGCAACUUUCACGAGGAAUCGGUUUCACCAGACUCUGCUUCGUGACAUGAUCGAGCUCGCAGCGCAAUAGCCCGUAGCAUCCAAUCC